AUGGCCCUCUAUGACAAGAGACGAGAGAUUGCAGGUCUGCACCGAGCUAUGACAGGUAGCAAAUACGCGGCGAAGCUUGAAGUAGGACGAGAACAAGUGCUACCACAUUGCGUUCAUAGACAGCCUCUCAACUACAUAAUAUUUGUGUUGAAUGGCGACGCCUUGGGCCUAUUUCAGGGUAUCGAUGCCCGCCAGCAGUUCCAGGACAUAAUCAGACUUCAUAUCGCUAGCCCCAGGCCUAUCGUCUUUACCCAUAACAAUCUCGUCGCAUGUAUCAUCCUCGUGGAGAAACCCUCGUCGAAGCUAGCAGCUGUCGCGGAUUGGGCCUAG